ACAACAACAACAACAACAUACAUUGUCACAACUCACAACAUAGUCGCGUAGAGUGUAUUAUAAGACGCGCGCAAAGCGGUUUUGUGGGAUUCUCUUCGUAACGCCGUUUUUCUCCACCUGAGAUUCUCUAGAGAGAGAGAGAGAGAGAGAGGGUGGUUUUGCGAGCUUCAAAGGUGGUUUCGUAACGGUCCGAGGUGGUUUUGCGUUACAAUUUGGAUCGCAGUCGUUACGAGAAAGGGAAAAGUCGGAGCUUUUCUUGUGUGUAAUUAACGGUUUUGGUGUAGUUAAUCAAUAAUUAGUGUUAGUUAUUAUCUGUAUAUAAUAAGUUAAAAUCAGGGUCUGACUCUGAGAGACUUGAGAGAGAGAAAGAGUUAGGGAGAGAGAGAGAGAGAGAGUGUGUGUGUGUGUGUGUGUUGUGUUUUAGUUUUGUUUCUCUUCUGGGAUUUUGGUGUACAAUGAUGGCGAAUCGGGGAGGGUCGUUUUCGCAGGCAAAUAUUGCGGCGGGUGAAGGGUGUUUGAGAGAUGAGCUGUACGUGGAGCUAUGGAAGGCUUGUGCGGGCCCACUUGUGGACGUGCCUAAGUCCGGCGAGAGAGUCUUCUAUUUCCCUCAGGGUCACAUGGAACAAUUAGAGGCUUCAACAAAUCAAGAGCUGAAUCAGAGGAUUCCACUGUUUAAGCUUCCUUCGAAGAUUCUUUGUCGUGUUAUUCACGUUGAGCUUCUGGCUGAACAAGAUACGGAUGAGGUUUAUGCACAGAUUACUUUGCAGCCAGAAUCAGAGCAAAUUGAGCCUACAAGUCCUGACCACUGCCCUCCUGAACCACCAAAACCAACUGUUCACUCUUUUUGUAAAGUUUUGACUGCAUCUGAUACAAGCACCCAUGGCGGGUUUUCUGUUCUCCGCAAACAUGCCACUGAAUGCCUUCCCCCACUGGAUAUGACCCAGUCAACCCCUACUCAAGAAUUGGUUGCCAAGGAUCUUCAUGGUUAUGCGUGGCAUUUUAAACAUAUUUUCAGAGGUCAACCACGAAGGCACUUGCUUACAACAGGAUGGAGUGUGUUUGUGACAUCAAAGAGAUUAGUUGCUGGGGAUACCUUUGUAUUUCUGAGGGGAGAAAAUGGACAAUUGCGUGUUGGGGUAAGGCGUCUUGCCCAUCAACAGAGCAGCAUGCCAUCAUCUGUGAUUUCAAGUCAGAGCAUGCACUUAGGAGUGCUUGCAACUGCAUCUCAUGCUGUUUCAACCCAAACUCUCUUUGUAGUCUAUUAUAAGCCAAGGACAAGCCAGUUCAUAAUAAGCCUGAACAAGUAUUUGGAAGCUGUUAACAAUAAAGUUGGAGUUGGCAUGAGAUUUAAGAUGAACUUUGAGGGGGAGGAUUCUCCAGAGAGAAAGUUUUCGGGCACAAUAAUUGGGACUGAAGAUAUUUCUCCUCAUUGGGAAAAAUCAACAUGGCGAUCACUAAAAGUUCAUUGGGAUGAACCUGCAUCAAUUCCAAGACCUGAUAGGGUUUCACCAUGGGAGAUAGAACCCUUUGUGGCUUCUAUACCUGCAAGCCUAACUCAACCUGCCAUGGCAAAGAACAAAAGGCCCCGAACACCCAUUGAGCUUCCAACUCAUGAUAAUACUACUUCGACUACAUCAACUCUCUGGAAUUCUGGAUUGACUCAGACCCAUGAAAUGACACAACUUAUGGCUGAAGGCAAAAGAAGUGAAAACCAUGUGUGGCAUCACAAGCAGAUAGAUAUUAACAGCAACAGCAACUCUAUUUCAAGGACUCAGACUGAUGGGAGCCGGUUUUCUUCUCCCCAUGCAUGUGCUACUCAGCAUUUAUUUCAGGAGAUGGUGGAUGAUAGCAAAUGUGUCUCUGCUUGGCCUGCUCACCUAGGCUAUUCAACUCCACACUCAUUAAAACUAAACAAUGAUCCAUUGCCCGACCCUGUAGAAAAAGCGAAGAAAACUGAAACUGCUACUAGUUACCGAAUCUUUGGUUUUGAGCUGAUUAGUCACUCUACAGGCUCACUUCCUGUAGAGAAUGCAACUGUGCAACCAGUCAGUGUGUCUAGUGGCUCCACAGAAGGACAUGUCAGUACCCUCUCAGCAAUUGAUUCGGACCAGAAGUCUGAUCUCUCCAAGGGUUCUAAAGAUAGGCAACUGGGACAGCUGCAAGUGCCGUCAAAGGAGAUUCAGAGCAAGCAAAACUGCUUUGCUUCAACCAGAAGUCGCACCAAGGUUCAAAUGCAGGGGGUUGCUGUUGGUCGAGCUGUGGACCUAACCAUGUUGGAAGGAUAUGAACAGCUUAUAGAUGAACUUGAGGAGAUGUUUGAUAUCAAGGGACAGCUUUGCCCUCGUAAUAAGUGGGAAAUUGUGUAUACUGAUGAUGAAGGGGAUAUGAUGCUCGUGGGAGACGAUCCAUGGCAGGAAUUCUGUAACAUGGUGAGAAGAAUCUUAAUAUGUUCUAGCCAGGACGUGAAGAAGCUGAGCCCAGGAAGGAAACUGCCUAUUUCUUCCAUAGAAGGCGAAGGGACGGUUAUAAGCUCGGAGUCAGCAGAAAAUUGAAACAUGUCUUUGUUUAGUUUAUUUGCGUCUUUUCUUUUUGGUCAGUCAUUGUUGUUUGUUUGUGGGGAGAGAAAGUGGGUUUAUUUUUUGUGCUAGGACAUGUUUGAAGUUGGAAGGAGAAAAAGACAUACUGGCUAAUUGAUGGCUCAUUUUUAAGAGUUAACAUCUUGAAACUCAACAAGCUCAUUAUGCAUUAGUGGGGGAAUUAGAGAGUCUAGGCUUAGAAAAUCUUGUGCAUACUUAAUGGGAAAUUGUGGUGGGGGUGGCAGUGGGGUUGCUAGUGAGUGGGACUCACACUCACUGUGAUAUAAGGGUACUGAAUAAUUAGAGGGGUUUGGGUGAGUGGGUGUUGGCAUUCAGUCUUUGUUUAUUGUGAUUGUAAAUAGUGUUAUUUAACUGUAAUCUUGCUCUUUAGCGAGUGGAAAUUGGCAUGGUUUCUUCUUUAGCUA